CUUUCAUUCAAAUAAUGUUUUGCUUUUCAGUUCAAGCACCAAAUUUAAACAACUAAAUCAUUCAAAAUUAUUUAGAAUAUGUGUGUAUGUGAUUGGGAUGAUAUUUGGCCAAACACUAGAUUAUCGCGAUGGGCAAGCGGCUAUGCAGCAAUUUUGCAAAUAGUAAUGGCUAUUCUUAUACUUUAUCAAUUUAUCCAUGCACACCAAAGCGAUGUUUCUAUUUGGGUAGCUAUUGCAGUAUUCGUUAUACUGUUGUUUAUGGCAUUUUUGCUGCUCGUUGGAGUUUUGAUGAACCAUAGAACCGUACUGAAAGGGUUUUUCAUACUUUUUAUAUUCGUUGGAAUUGCUACUAUAAUCUUUUUAAUACUUAAUGCUUUCCAAUUGAUUGACUGGCGCGAAGGUGAAGAACAUAAAUGUUGGUUGGCCUAUGUCCUCUGUACGGCAUUUACAGGCAUUUUUGCAUUCACGCUAGUCGUAACAUUCUUUUACAUCAAAUAUUUAAAAGACGCGGAGCCAUUGUAAGACGUUAUGUGAAAAUGAUGUAUUAUAGGUAUGAACAUUAAUCAGUGUCAAUGCAGAAAUAGAAGAUAAUGUUGAUAUAAACAGACUAAAUAUACAUAUAAUAGAUUAUUCGUUGUAAUUCAUUAAAGGCACUAUUUUAUCAUUGUUUUCCAUUCCAAA